AUGCCCGUAAACGAACCUAAUCACGUGACCCUUGAGAAGAUGCUUAUGGUUCGGGAAAGCAGUGUACUUUGCCCACCCCAAAAGUCCUCUUCGCUGGUAAUGUCACGCGAUAAGGUAAAUCUCACGGCUAAAAAUUUCUCGCGCAGCACCUCCAAAAUGUCCUACGAGGACUCUACGAAUCGUCUUCUUUUGCGAGCAAAACGUCUUGUGCCCAGUCACGUAGAAGCCCACGUGACUGCUGGAAUAAUCGGGCCAAGCGAUUGGCUGUGCUGCGGCGCGCAAAUCAAAUCCACGAAGGCAGUGCGUUGGCUCAGCGAGUGCGCGCGCGAUUUGAACAGGCAAAUUUGCGCGCACACAGCAUCAGGCAGGAUGGCGGGUUUAAGCUACUACCUGCCAACAACACCAUCAGCGUGGACUAGGUCAAGACGAUCACAGACUUCCCGUCUGGGCGACGAUCACGCGCAUUACUCAUCCACAAACCACAGUAUGUACAGCCAGAUUGCUCGAAUCAACGAUCACCUCUACCUCAGCGGUCUCCAGGCCCUGUCGCCGAAACGGCUGAUCCACCUCGGAGUGACACAGUUGAUCUCCGUGAUGAUGGAUCCAGUGCCGGAAGAUAUCCUCUCCACGGUGAACUCACACGUUCAAAUAUCGGUUGAGGACGCGGAGUACUCCAACCUGAGAGUUCACUUCGACGCUGUGGGCGAGAGAAUUGCAAGAGAAGCACGUCACGGUGGUCGCACUCUGGUCCACUGCAUGGCUGGCAUUUCGCGGUCGGCAACUAUCGUCCUCGCGUACCUCAUCAAACACCAGAAGAUGAGUCUGGCUGACGCCUACCACCACGUUCGUGGCAUCCGACCGUGCAUUCAACCGAACCUCGGAUUCUGGCGUCAGCUGAUCGCUUACGAGGAGGCGAAGCGAGGCAGCCGAUCCAUGCGAAUCGUGCACGAGGUGACAUCCAACGCCGCCAUACUGCCUUCAACGUCAAGGGGUGCUUUGUGGAACCACUUGGCACUGACGCCGGACAGGCCGAGGCAUCGCCAGUACUGGAGCCGAAAUCUGCGAUACUACUAA